AUGAAUGUUAAUUUCAAUUUGAAUCAUGAUGCACAAUUAUGCAAUGAAUGGUUAGCUACAGUUGGUCCAGAACAGGUGGCUAAGUAUUUUGAUCAUGUGCGAAAAUGUGAAAAAGAAUUUAAAAAAGCUGAUCAAGUUGUUGAAAGGCUUGAAGAUGAUCUACUUGAAAGUGAUACACACGAUUCUAUAAGUUCGGAAGAUGAUGGAAACGAAACUGAUAGUUGA